ACAAAGAAACACUUGUAGAAAGAAGCAAAUUCAAAUUAGUUGUAAAGAACUUACCCAAAAUAGCAGCAGAAUCAGCACUAUUAAGACAACUGAAAAAUAUAAAGAUAAAGGCAAUGUAUAUCUCGACAAAUAGUAAUGGAAACCAAAGAGGCACUGCUUCAGUGUACUUUGCUUCAAAAGAAGACUAA